GCUGCCCAUGGGAUCGGGACGAUGGCAGCUUGGCUGGAAGUUUGCGUUUCAAUGCUGACUUUCUGCUUGAUUUUCGAGCACGGGAACAAGGUUGUUGCCGCCAGGUCCAAGCAGCGGGGCUCAUUGCUGUGCCCUUCCAAAGAUAACGGCAGAACACUAUCCGACUUUCGAUAUGAAGAUUGUUCAUCCAUUGGGAAUCUGAAGGGGGAGCAUGCAAUUGAUAGAGUUCGAAACUUCUGCUUCAGCCAAUCAGUGCAGGAUGACUUGGUUGCAGUGAGAUUUCAAUGGAAUCCAAGCCCACUGGGUAUUGAAUGUAUCAGAGGCUUCAAAAUAAUUCUUCAAGAAGCUAAAGCAGUUGGGGCUGAAAAAUUUUGUCAGGCAUUGGUUUUAGAAGAACGAAAACAACUCAAAUAUUUCAAUAAAACACUUGUUUUGAAAUCGCAUCCAUUUCGAAGUUUGAAGUUUAAAACACAAUACAAUGUGACAAUUUUACCAUUUCCGAAUCUUGUGGAAGAAAACAAUACCUUUCAGUUUGAGGUUGAACACUGGUCUCCAAAGAACCUGGAUGUCAACCAACUAUAUCAGUCUACAAAUUUAAAUGUGACCUUUGACUUGGCUCCUUCAAUUUUUGGAUUUAAGGCCUAUCACAUACGCUGCAAAAUGGUGAACACUGGUUUCCACAAAGACAAGAACAUAUUUGUGGACAAUAAUAUGACCAUUGUGAGUUAUGUUUUUCAUGAUCUUUACCCAGGCACUUACGUCAUUGAGGUGACGGAUUCUAGCAAUACCACCGGCAAACAUGUCAAUUUCACAGUGAGGCCAGUGCAUUAUCCAUGGGCUGGUCCAAUCCGAGCAAUUGCCAUCACGGUUCCGUUAGUGAUUGUGUCUGCAAUCAUCACUCUCCUUACAGUGGUAUGCUGUAAGAAACAGCAAAAUCCGGUGUAUUCGGAACUGGAUGAGGAGAAUUCUGAAUCAUCUCCAUCUCCUCGGUCCAAGCCAAAAGUUUUCAUUUGUUAUUCCAGUAAAGACUGUCAGAAACACCUCAGUGUCGUUCAGUGCUUUGCAUUCUUCCUGCAGGACUUCUGUGGCUGUGAGGUUGCCUUGGAUUUAUGGGAACAUUUGGAAAUCUGUAAGGAGGGGCAAAUGGAUUGGCUCAGUCGGCAGAUCAUGGAGUCCCAUUAUAUCAUCGUUAUUUGUUCGAAAGGAAUGAAGUUCUUUGUAGAAAAGAAGCAUCGUAAACAUAAAGGCAGCUCUAGAGAUGGUGGGCAGGGAGAACAUUUUAUUGUUGCUGUUUCUAUGAUAGCAGAGAGGCUGCGCCAGGCCCGACUAAAUUCAGGCAACCCCUCCAAGUUCAUCGCCAUCUAUUUUGACUACUCCUGCGAAGCAGACAUUCCUGGUAUCUUAGAUUUGGCAUGCAAAUACAAACUGAUGGACCAUUUCCCUCAGCUAUAUUCUCAUUUACAUGCUCGAGAUCACAGCCACCCAGACCGAGACCCACGUGAAGUGAACAUUCGUAAAAGUAACUACUUCAGAACUAAAUCUGGACGCUCCCUGUACAUAGCCAUUUCUAAUAUGAAGCAACUUAUCGAGCAAGAGCCUGACUGGUUUGAGAAGCAGCUACUGCCACAUCUUCCCCUGCUCUCACAUCAUCAAGGACCAGUUAGAGUUGACUCUGGUCUUGUCCUGAAUGAGGUGGUUUUUAAACAGCCAGAAACUGAGCAUGAUUUUCACUUGAAAACCACUGCAGAUGUCACCCCAGUUAAUUCAGUGUCCUAUUCCAUAAUUCAGCACUUGAGCAUUAUUGGAGAUGCAGAUGUUUCUGAUCAUCAAGAUGCCAGUUCUCUGCUGAGACCCUUGCCACGGAUGGUGGCAGCUGUGAACCUGCCUGAAAUGCCCCGUGACUCUGGGAUAUAUGACUCUUCCAUUCCUUCAUCAGAAUUGUCACUGCCUUUAAUGGAUGGUCUUUCUUCAGACCAGACAGAAACCGGCUCCAUUGCAGAUAGUGUCUCUUCAUCCUCAGGGUUAGGGGAAGACGAACCGCCAGGUCUUGCAACAAAAUCGUCAAUUUCUGGACCGUGUAAAGUGGAAAUAGACAGGCACAUACAUGCUGCAGUAACUCUAUAAUAUUCUAUACCAUAGGGUAUGCAUUGCCACUUUACCUUAUCAGCUUUAUGUUCAUUAACAGACUCUACAGUAGUGAUGGUUUUAGCCACACUGUGAUCCUCAAUACAUUAAGAAAGUUGAAUCCUCUGUGUCUUUAAUCUACUAUUAUGGUUGAAGGGCCAGGUUGGUAGGCAUUGAGCAAGUGGUAUUGUUUUAAUACAAGGGCCAGUCAGUUUGAUAUAGGAUCAAUGUUUAAUUACAACAAUUAUAUCAUUAUAUUGCUGACACUAAUUUGAUGACACUAAUUUGAUGCUUUUACCUGUUUAAUGUAAUAUUUAAUUUUUAUGUACUGAUUUGGACCAUUUGGGCAUCUUAGUGAUUAGAAAUUAAUAUCUUGAUCUUUGUGAUUAAUGGCAAACCUGAUGAGUUUAACUGAUUUCACUUACCAAUAUUUACACCUGUUAAGAUACAAUGAAUGACAACUUAGGAAAGAACAUUAUAGGUGAAGUUAUUGUAAAAACUCAGAUCGUUUAUCUGACCAGUUUCAUGUUGUAGAGACCAGAGUUAACUAUUAGGUUUAGGUUAACAUUGGACAUGUACAUAUUUACUGAUGACAUAUUGCAGAUAAUUGCACUACUGUGCCCACUGGGGAGAGGGUAAUUGUAUAAUAAUUCUAGUUGAAACAAUAAUUUUAAAAAGAAAGUGCAACUCAUGUUCACUGAUCUUAUAAUGUGCUCAAAUCUGAAUUCUGAUUUAAAGCAUUUAAACUUAAAGCUUUUCAGACUACAAAAUAAUUCUACUUUUUCAAAAUGUCAGAUGCAGCUAAGAAAAGAAUGGAGUUUAAGUUUUUAGUGAAUGUUUAUUCAAUAAUUUAAAGUCAAAUAGAUGUGAAUAGUUUUCAAGAUAUAUAAUGUGUUAACUCCUAAAAUGCAGCUAAAGGGUAAGUCCUUUGUACACUGCUGUCACCCACUCAAACAUUUGUUACAUUGAUUUAGAAUCCAAUUUCCAAGAUAAUUCAGCCACGUCACGCACUAUUGCAAAAUAGCUGCACUGUUGCACUCGCUGCUGCAAAAUAAACUCAGCUCCCCACUUGAGACAUGAGUCUAUCCUUCUUCACACCUGUGGUUGGCAGUGAUGGCUUGUGUGACAUUAUUAGGUGCAGCAUAUUGAGUGAUGUAUGCCAAGAGCUGGAACAUAGCCUGUUAGUGUGCUCCUUUACUGUUCCUUUUCUCAGUAAGGAUGUAUUUUGUAAUUACUCUGCUAUUGACAGAUGAAUUUUACACAAUUAUGAUUUAUUGUACAAUACCAGACAUAGUUGUGGUAUAGUAAAUUAUUGAUGUAGUUUAGGUCGAUUUUGGUGUGAUGUCGUCUGAUGUUCUCUAAAAAGCGCAGCUUGGUUUGAGACACACAUUGUUCUACUUAGACAAAUUUUGUGUCUCUUGUAGCAGUUUUUGUUGUCAAUUUUGUGCAAACCUGUGGUCCUUUUUCUGUUUUUGUCCUACUGGCAUGAUGCAGUGUCAAGAAGUUAACCCUGUACGGGAUAUCCCAGCUGACCUUGACCCUAACUUUGCCCAGAUAUGCCAAUCCAGUUGGUGAUGACUAGAUCGGGAGCAGGCACAGCAGCUGGUUGUUUUUUUUUUUUUUGCUGCCACACCACCACCACACACCGCCUCCCCCCACCCCCCAGUCCUGAUUACCAGCAACUCAGUACAAACUGGAGAUCAAACAUGGUACAUUCCUAGCCAGAUAAACUCCUUGAGAUAUUGUAGUGCCAUGUUUAUUAAGGAAAGUAUUUGAUAAUUCUUCAAAUGUGUUUUCAGAUCAUGGAAUUUUAAGGACCAAAUCCUUCUGGUAAAGGGUUUGAUGAAAAUUUUAUAGAUAAAUUGAUAGGAAGUAGAAUAUUUUUUAUUGCCUUCAUUAACUUGACGUCCUGAGGGUUGGGUUCACUACUUCUACCUGUUCAGGUGAUUGGAGCAAGAAUUCAGUGAAGACUUCAAAAUAAUCAUCUCAAAUAUUGUAUGUGUCUAUCAUUACUUCCAUAAAACAAUAAGCAGUUGGUGUCCUUCAUUAGUUUCCUACAGUCUGCUCAUCAUUAUUUAAUAUCUGUGUUUACACCUAGUUUUUGCAGAUCAUAUUGUAUUUGUAAGGUUAUUUUGGUCAUUGUGAAAGACUUCGUUGUAGAGUGCUUUUAUAAACUUUUACAAAAUACCUGAUGUAUUCUUUAUACGAACUAUAAGUUAAGCUGACUGAGAAAAUGUUCUGCUGUUUUGUCUUUUUGUACUGGUGUUUUUCAAAAAAAAAAUAAAAAAUCCCAAAACCA